AUGGCGACACUUCCAGAGGAGCUGUGGCUUAAGGUCAUCGAAAAUCUGAACUCGAAAGAUCUCAAGAAUGCACGCCUCGUGAAGAGCUCAUGGGCCGAGUUCGCUACACCGGUUCUCUUUCGCAACAUCGCCUUCAGCCCUGAGCCGGCCAAUAUCAAACAUUUCAAGCUCUUGGCCAAGAAUAAGGAGCUAGCUAACCAUGUCGAACUUCUCACACUCGACACCACAACCUACCAGGCUCAUUGCAAUCCAGAACGAUAUGCCAAGCUCGCUUCUGAGUACUUCAGUAAAGUCUUUGGCCUCGGAGCCCAGAACACUGGACCACUGUCACCAACCAGUCUCCACCAUGUCCUUCUAAACGACCCAUACAAAGCCCUUGGCUCCCACUAUCUGUCUGGUCAACCUCGCGGCAGCUUUGUGGCUGGGUACACUCUGUACAGCGCACGAAGUCAUUUCAUGCUCGACCUCUUCAAGAAGGGGAAGAUUUUCCAGAUUAUCAAGCAAUGUGUCUCGAGUUUCAAGAACUUGAAGCAUAUGGAGACUUGCUCGUAUUGGACGGCAAAUGAUGGGUCCUAUCAGAGAGAUUUUGAGCUCUAUCUUUGCCAACACCUGCCUCAGAAGACACUCGAUCUCAUCCCUGGACUUGAUGGCCAAUUUCACGACUCUGGAACUCGAUCUAGAAUCACUACCAGUGCCUUUUCCGCCCCUGGUGCCGCCGCUCGUGACCUGCAUGUGAUGAUGCUACCUCCGAACUACGGUAUAUCUUAUCACGAUGUGCAAAUGCACGAGAUUACCCAUGCGGCUCUCAGAGCACUUCGCGAGAAUAAGAUCAGACUCCAGUCUCUGUCGCUUCCUGGUAAUGACUAUCUUGGCAAGGAUGUUGAAGCCGGGACGAGGCGUGGUAUCGUGCCCAUGACUACGUUGUUACUUGGUGCGAAGGCUCCUGGAGCCACCAAAUCUACUAGUCUCCUGCUACCGGUAUUGCGGCGUCUCAAGUCACUGGAGCUGAACAUCGAUUUCAAGCAUCCUGCAACUCAUUCUCCGCUGCGCGACAGCAGACCGCCCCACCGCUUGUGUAUGGCUCUUCAGCAGAUGAACCAAUUGGAGUCUCUAAGUCUCGGCUCACAGGACUAUCUGCUCGGCGAUCCUGCCGUUUGGGAUCUCACACACCUCAUGCUGUGGAAGAAGGAAGAUUAUCCAGAUCAUCCAGAUGCAUUGUCUGAUGACGGCCAAGACGGACCAGGCGGACCUCACGGUCUUGGUGAUCUCAUGAACAUGCUUAUGGCUAUGGGUCCGCCACCUGGCCUUCCGUUGCACCCCCAUCAUCAAAGCCCAGCGACCGGCACUCUGCCGGAGUCGAUUCCGCAUCAGGGAUCUGCCCCUACGCCCAAUGCUAGUUCGUCUCAAGCAGCGGCAGGCCCUGGCCCCAACACCGGUCAAGCCCACCAUCCAGCCGGUGCAGUGAAUAAUCUGUUCGCUCAAAUUAUGGGUGGAGGUGUUGCGUCAAUAGACGCCAAUGGCCACGUCACUAGUCAUACUUUCAACCCCGGUAAUCUUCCUCACAAUGCCGUGGGGGGAAGUGCACCCGAGUCUACGGAACCAAAAGACGUGAAGAACCCUGACACGCCGUUGUCACCGAAUCCGUGGCCUAAGCUUCGCUAUUUAUCUCUUUGGAGCCUCCCUGCCACACCUGAAGAGCUCACUAGGCUAGUCACCACGGUCAAAGACACCUUACGCACACUGAGGUUGUACAAAGUGCACUAUGCGAGACCUGAGCUCAUUGAUCCUAACUUUGACGAUGGUCAUGCCUUCCUCGACAUGGGAUUUGGCGGGCCUCCUCCGAAUAAUGACGCAGAUGAGGGCUCUCCAUCGUACGGUGAUGAUGAGGAGGAUGACGAGGAUCUGAAUGGAGAUCUUCCCGAGCUCGUUGACCUGUUGAGUGCCGCCUCUCCGCCUGGUGCUCAAGCUUCUUCGAGUUCUACGGCUACAUCGAUCCCUGCCAACCCCUUUUCGCAGCCCGCACCACCUUUUAACGGACACCCUCCAGAGAUUCCCUCACAACCGAAUACUUCCAACAACUCUGGUGGCGAUGAUGACAACAAGGACACUUCGGACAAGUGGCUCUCAACGUUCGAGAUGCUUGCCGACGAUCUCCGUCUGAAGACUUGUAACAUCAUUCUAGAGGAUCAUGACGAGUUGUAUCUGAGGGAUAAGCUAGAAAAGCAAAUUACAGACCUAGACGACUUCCCAUCACUUGGACACAUGGCAAGCCAUUACAUUCUGGACGGCGAUGGCAUGGGCUACCCUCUGUACCUUACGAACAAACUCAAGGAACAGAAGCAGAGAAUGGCCCAGAUUGAGGCUGAUCUCAAUGCUCUCGAAGAUGACGAUGGAUAUGAGGACUGGCAGGAGGACGGAGACCAUGAAGAUCGCAACGCGAGGGGCCCCACCAAGAUGCGAAACAUUCACAUCUGCUCGAGAUGGCAGGGCUGUCCUUAG